AUGUCUGGCGGCUGGAACACCAUAGAGAGCGAUGCGGCAAGUCUUCUGCCUCUCCUGCUCCACCUACGCAAGCUGACAAAUUCACAGGGCGUCUUCACGUACCUCAUCGAGAAGCUCGGUGUUAAAGAUGUGCAGUUCGAAGAGCUCGUAACACUGGACUCUCAAGAACUCAAGCAGCUCGGAAAGAUUUACGGCGUCAUAUUCCUCUUCAAAUAUCCCACUGGCGAGGAGCGGUCCGACACACCAAAAGACGGCAUCUUCGACCACGACGCGGCAAACAGCAUCUUCUUCGCCGCGCAGACAAUACAAAACGCGUGCGGCACGCAAGCACUGCUUAGCGUACUGCUGAACAAAGACAGUGAGGUGGAGAUAGGCAAGGACCUGAAGGAAUUCAAGGAGUUCACACAGGAGUUCCCGCCGGAGUUUCGGGGCGAGACGCUCUCAAACUCAGACGUCAUCCGCGAAGUCCACAACUCGUUCGCGCGGUCCUCACCCUUCAUCGACGAGACGCAGCGCACCGCCACAGAAGACGACGACGUCUACCACUUCAUCGCAUAUACCUCCGUCAACAACACCCUCUAUGAGCUCGACGGCCUCCAGCCCGCACCCAUCUCGCACGGUCCCUGCACCCCACAGAACUUCCCCGACGCCAUCGUCCCCGUCCUCCAGCGCCGCAUCAACCGCUACCCUGCCACAGAAAUCCGCUUCAACCUGCUUGCCUGCGUGCAGGACCAGCGGAUUCGCGCGCGCGAGAUCGGCGACACGGAGGCGCUCGAGGAGCAGGAGGAGAAGCGGAGCGCGUGGCUGUGGGAGAAUGCGCUGCGGCGGCACAACUUCGUGGGCUUUGUGGGCGAGCUGAUGAAGGGCGUGGUCAAGGCGAAGUUGGCGCAGGGCGAGGGUGCGUAUGAAAAGUGGAUUGAGGAUGGUAAGGCGAAGACGAGGAAGCGCAUGGAGGAUAAGAGGAAGCAAGGCAUUGCGAGUGAUGGGAUUGAUUGA